AUGAGCAGCACAGCUCUUGUAAAAGACACACUUCGUCGCUCAGAUUCCUAUGAGUCAUGUUAUAAUCGUUCUCUUUUCAAUUUAAACGGAAACCAGACUCUACAAGAAGAUGGUUCGACCAGUAUUUCGGAAAUUUUUUUGCGCCGGAAAAACCAGUCUUUUCUUCAUUUAAACGCGUUUUCAGACUGUUCUUCUGCAUUAUUUUCCAUCUAUGCACCUUUAGGAGAAGAGCCAGAGACUCCUAAGACUUUUUUUGAAAAAAAAGUUGAAAAAAAGGUCCGUUCUUGUUCAUCGCUUCUGUUGACAAAAUUUGGGCUUUUUUUGGCCAAGUUGACUGUUCUUUAUGUCUGGGGAUAUUCUAUUGCAGUUUUUGUGUUUCAUACUCAGACAAAGCAAAAAGCAACGUCUACAUGUAAUUUUCAAAUUUUGACACAUGUUCCUCAUUUCCAGGUGUUUUAUGGUCUUGGUACAGUUCUUUUUGGCCUCUUGAUACCAAUUACAGACUCUAUAACACUCAAACUACGAUGUACACCAAUAUCAAAAAGUGUUUCCCAUACAGAGUCUCAAAAAUCGAGAUGUAUGGAAAUAUCAGAGACAAUUCGUGUAUUUACAACAUCUAUGGGCAUUGUUUAUGCAUUUGCUAAAUUAUCAUGGGUUUUGGAUGUUAAAACUCCUUUAUUUUUAGUCUUUGUUGGAUUUUUUAUGUGGUUCAUUUUUGAUCGUGCACAAACUGGACUUUUUCUUUCUAGUAUAAUGUCUGUUUUGUUUACUAUAGUCAUUUUAUCUUUUCCUUCUGAUAUAUUCAGAAACAAUAACUCGAUGAGUAAAGAAACUAUUAGUAUUAAGUCAUGGGUUUUAGGAUUUCUUUUUUCAAGUUGUAUUACUGCUGGUAACAUUGGACGACGGCUUUUCGGGCAUAUUUGA